AUGGCCGCGGCCACGUCCCGUCCCCAAGUGGGGCCGGCGCCGGCGGUGACAGUGACAAUAUCUGGGCUGGGGAGGGGGACGGGCGGGGGGUGGCCCCGGACCUUUGUCCCCACGCGGACGCCGGAGCCGGAGCGAGGCCGGAGAGAACGCGAGGAGCGCGAGGGGCCUCCGCCGCCAUGGGGGGUCGCCCAUCCCCCACCGCCCCCCUGCCCCCCCCUCCUCCUCCUCCUCCUCCUCCUCCUCCUCGCCCCCUCCCCAAUUUCCCCCGCCGCCCCCUCCGAGGACCUGCUGGUCUCCACCUCCUCCGGCUCCGUCCGCGGCUUCCACGUCGCCGUCGGCCCCUCCUCGCUCAGCCGCCGCCUUCCUGGGCAUCCCUACGCCGAGCCCCCCGUGGGCCCCCUGCGCUUCGCGCCGCCGCGCCCCGCCCGGCCCUGGGGAGGGGUCCUGGACGCCCUCUCCCCACCCACGGCCUGCUUCCAGCCCGUGGACACCAUGUUCCCCGGCUUCGGCGGCUCCGAGAUGUGGAACCCCAACCGCGAGAUGAGCGAGGACUGCCUGUACCUCAACAUCUGGGCGCCGGCGCCGCGCCCCGAAACGCCGGCGCCGGUGCUGGUGUGGAUCUACGGCGGCGGCUUCUACAGCGGCGCCGCCUCGCUGGACGUCUACGACGGGCGGUUCCUCGCCGCGGCCGAGGGCGUGCUGGUGGUCUCCAUGAAUUACCGCGUGGGCGCGCUGGGCUUCCUGGCCCUGCCGGGUCACCCCGAGGCGCCGGGCAACGUCGGGCUGCUGGACCAGCGGCUGGCGCUGCGCUGGGUGCAGGCCAACAUCGCGGCGUUCGGCGCGACCCCCGGCGCGGUGACGCUGUUCGGCGAGAGCGCCGGCGCGGCCUCGGCGGGGCUGCACCUGCUCUCGGGGGGCAGCCGGGGCCUGUUCCGCCGCGCCGUGCUGCAGAGCGGCUCGCCCAACGGCCCCUGGGCCACGGUGGGCGCCGCCGAGGGCCGGCGCCGGGCGGCGCGGCUGGGCCGGCUGGUGGGGUGCGGCGGCGCGGGCGCGGGCGGCGCGGUGACCAACGAGACGGAGCUGCUGUCGUGCCUGCGCGCCGCGCCGCCGCCGCGGCUGGUGGAGCACGAGGCGGCCGUGCUGCCCCAGCAGGGCGUCUUCCGCUUCGCCUUCGUGCCCGUGGUGGACGGCGAGUUCCUGGCCGACACGCCCGAGGCUCUGCUGGCCGCGCCGGGCCGCGCCGAGGCCGAGGUGCUGCUGGGCGCCGUGCAGGACGAGGGCACCUAUUUCCUGGUGUACGGCGUGCCGGGCUUCGGCAAGGACAACGAGAGCCUGAUCAGCCGCGAGGAGUUCCUGGGCGGCGUGCGGCUCGGCGUGCCGCAGGCCAACGAGCUGGCGGCCGAGGCCGUGGUGCUGCAGUACACCGACUGGCUGGACCAGGACAACCCGGUGAAGAACCGCGAGGCGCUGGACGACAUCGUGGGCGACCACAACGUGGUGUGCCCGCUGAUGCACUUCGCCCAGCGCUGGGCCGAGCGCGGCGGGACGGUUUUCGCCUACCUGUUCGAUCACCGCGCGUCCAACCUGCUGUGGCCGCCGUGGAUGGGCGUGCCGCACGGCUACGAGAUCGAGUUCGUGUUCGGGCAGCCGCUCAACCCCGGGCUCAACUACACGGCCGAGGAGGAGGCGCUGAGCCGGCGCAUCAUGAGAUACUGGGGGAACUUCGCCCGCACCGGUGACCCCAACGAGCCGUCGGAGCGCGAGCGGCGCUGGCCGUCCUACACGGCGUCGGGGCAGAGCUACGCCCGGCUCAACGCGCGGCCGCUCGCCGUGGCCCAGGGCCUGCGCGCCCAGGCCUGCGCGUUCUGGACGCGCUUCCUGCCCAAACUGCUUCAACCGGUCACCGGCCCCAUGGAGGAGGCGGAGCGGCAGUGGCGCCUGGAGUUUCACCGCUGGAGCUCGUACAUGAUGCGCUGGAAGAGCCAAUUCGAGCUCUACAGCCGCCAGGAGCGCUGCCAGCCCCCUGUAGGGCACCCCGAAAUCCCACCUGGGACACCCCAAAAUCCACCUGGGACACCCCCAAAAUCCACCUGGGACACCCCAAAAUCCAUCCAGGAACCCAAAAAAACCUCACCCAGGAACCCUAAAACUGCCCGGGCCACCCCAAAAUCCACCUGGGACACCCCAAACAUCCACCUAGGAUACCCCAAAAUCCAUCCGGGAACCCAAAGAAUCCAGCCAGAAAUCCUAAAAAUCCACCCAGGAACCCCAAAACCCAACUGGGGCACCCCAAAAAUCCCACCCAGGAAUCCCAAAUAUCCACCCAGGAUACCCCAGAAUUCAUCCAGGAACCCAAAAUUCCUCCAGGAACCAAAAAAACCCCAUCCAGGAAUCCUAAAAAUCCACCUAAAAACCCCAAAAUCCACCCAGGAACCCCAAAACCGCCCGGGGCACCCCAAAAUCCAUCCAGGAAUCGCAAAUGUCCACCUAGGAUACCCCAAAAUCCAUCCAGAGAACCCAAAAAAAUCCCACCAGAAAAUCCUAAAAAUCCACCCAGGAACCCCAAAAUCCAUCCGGGAACCCUAAGAUCCAUCUGGGACACCCCAAAAUUCAUCCAGGAACUCCAAAACCCACCUGUGGCACCCAAAAAUCCAUCCAGGAAUCCUAAAAUCCAUCCAGAGCAUCCCGAAAUUCACCUGAGACCCCAAAAAUCCACCCAGGAACCCCCAAAAACCUCACCAGGGACACCCCAAAACCCACUCAACACCCCCAAAACGCCCCCGAAACCCCAAAACCACUCCCAGACCCCCCCAAAAUCAUCCUCAGGCACCCCAAAAGAGCCCCAGACACCCCAAAAAUCGAUCCCAAAAUCCCAAAAUUCCCCCCCAAAAACCCUCCAGGGCCCCAAAAUUUGGGGGCUCCCCCGGUCUCGUCUUCGGUGUGACCCCAAUAAAGGCUCAAACCCAAA